UUAAAAAUAUUCCCAUCCGAUAAAAAGUUUGAUAGAUAGUUAAAGUUAACCCAAAAAGUGUUUUUAUUCGUUAUUUAGAGAUAAUCUCCAAUCUGGACUAUUUACAAGACACCCCAAUAUGUUUUUAAUAAUCUGAGCAGUAAAAAUUAUUUCGUAAUGUGAGUUAUGAUAUCAAACAACUCAGGGUACAAACUCAGGGCCUCCAAAAGCUCUAGAGAGGUUCAAGAAUACGAUUAUGGAAAUUCGGAUGACAACUAUGAUCACGGCGUGGACGAGGAAAUUAAAUCAUCUGCGUAUCUGAAAGAUUCUAGAAGCAACAAGGGAGGAUCAGGAAGGACUAGGUCUACUGAGUUCAGGUCCAGUAAAAUUAGCGAUAGAAGAGGAGGACCUAGAAGUAGAGGUUCCGGUUUACCAGGGAGAAAAGAUUAUUCUGAUAAUUUUUACAAGAGGAAUUUCGAUUCCAGAAAUUCAGAAGUCCUUGGAAGUAGAGGAAAAUUUUAUGAACCGGAGAAGAAAACCGAGAUCAAAUUAAACCUUCCAGAAGAUACAAGAAUAUCAAAACUUCUAAGACGACUUAAUAUAGAAACUGACCAAGACAACUCAUUGGCUAUAUCCAAAAAACUUCUAGAAGUUCUUUUAAUACCUGACAAUGCACACUAUGUCCGCAAAGCAUUCCACAUACUUGGGGAAUCUAUGUAUGAAAUCCUACAUGUGUCCCCUGGUCCUAUGGCAAAAAGAGAAGCAGCAAGGGCUUUGGGACGCAUGGGUUACAUAAUGGGCCAAGAAAAUGACUUCGAAAGAUACCAGCAUUGGUUGUUUAACAAAAUGACAAAUAACUUUGAAGAGAUGCAAAUAUUGCUCAUGAAAAGUCUUAAAGAAACUUUGGCUUUUGAAGAGAAGAAACCUGUUUUACAAAGCCACACAGAGAAUCUUAUCAACAACUUAGUUUUAGCCAUUGAAACGACAGAGAAUGCCGAAGUAUUCAAAGCUAUCCUUGAUGUAUUGAUCACAGUAGUUGAGAUGUACCAAGCAGAAUUUUACGAUCAAUUCAGAGAUACUAUAGAUUUGCUGUUUGGGUGGCAUGUUGAUCACACGCAACCACUUUGCAACAUAGAAUUUAUAUCCAAGUGUCUACAAAGGAUUUCACAUCAUUUUAAAUAUUAUUCAGAAUUUUCAAUACAGUUAAUAGAAAAUUUUCUUGAAGAUAUUAGCAAUUAUUCGACGCAAAUAAAGGAAGCUGGAGAUACAAAUAGUCUGGACCAUGUAACAGUUUUAAUUUUGGCAAUGAACACUGUGUUGAAAUGUUUAGGAACAACAUUUCAUCCCAUUAAUAACAAGAUUGUCACUGUAGAGUUUAUUAAUUCAUCACUUACUAGAAUAAUCAAAACAGUUACUGACACGUUAGAAAAUUACGUACCAGAGAAUUUAACAAUUGCUGGUAAUAACUGUAUUGGUUUGUUGCUUGGAUAUCUUGACACUAAAUCUCAGUUUCUAUGUAGUCAGAUUUAUGCACUCAUCGAUCUAGAAAUAUCUAUGUUGUCAGACUUAUCAGACGCAACUGUUAUAUCACUGUUAGUUUUAAUAUCUAAAGUGGUUAAGGAACUUUCAGCAAAUUUACCCAUAGAAAUUAUAGACAAGUUGAUAGGACCAAAUUCAGAAAUUGUUAAACUGCGUUACUCGCCUUUUAGAAACAUCCAAGAAGCCGUUAUCUGCGUAUAUCAAGCAUUACUGAACCUUAAAAACGUUUCUUUAUUACAAGAAGCUUACAGGUAUGUACUGGGCGAUCUAGAAAAAGCAUAUUCCCAGAUAGUACCAAGUAUUCAACCUUUUACAACCAAUAAUCCGUUUAUAAACUACAGUGAACCCCGUGACCCAGAAGAGACAACUUUGUUUCUGCUCAGAUGUGUGUCGCAGUUGGCCAACGCCAGUUCAAUUAUUGUGAUGUGGGCACUUAAACCAAGUAUCUUAGAGCUUGUUGGUGUUUCCAUGAUUCCUCACGAUACGUGUCUGUAUAAAAGGGCGCCAUCUUUGCAAUAUUGUAUGCUGUAUCUGCUGUUUUCGCAUUGUAAAUGUUACAAUCACUUUAUCUCCAACAGUACUCUUGUCAACAAAACGCAAGAGGUUACCAAUAUUAUGAAUAGGUUUGCUCUAACUGAAGGUUUGAACAUUAAUGACGUACCAAACAAGUCACCAAAUUCCGGAAACUUUGCAAUCAUACUGGACAUAAUAUACAACGCCAUUUCCGCGGAAACUUCUAAUGACAUACUAUUACUUCUGCUACAAUGGCUAAAUGACGUCCUUAUCAAUUCAGAGAUAUAUUUGGAACAUCUUUACAUCAACGAAAAGUUUUCCAAAAUGGUGGAUUCGCUAGUCAGAUGUGGUUACUGUUUUAACGAUAAAAUUGUUCUUGCUGUUUAUGCUAACUUGGAUAAGUUACUGUCAAACAAACAGCUGUCAUGGUCAUAUAAUUUUCUUUCGAAUAUUAGCGACUUAUGUAAACUGCAUAUAAACUCAAACAAACCUGAAAUUCGAAAGUGUUACACUAAAUUGUCCUCUAACAUCCCGUGGGAUAUCGCUGUAGUUGAACUAAAUAAGUUAAAUUCGAUUUAUUCAAUGAAACAGAAAAGCACACAUCUCAAGGAGUAUAAUAACUACAUGGUAUAUCUUGCACAACAUUUGCACCUGAAUGGUAGCGUAGAUGGAGAAUUGUAUCCUUUACAUUUUAAAACCUUGAUGAAGUAUUUAUUAAAUAGCGAAAAACUUCAAUCGAAUUGGAUGAACGAAAUCUUUACCAGCUGUUGGGCGAUUGAAUCCGACUCCCAGAUGAACAUGGAAUUAUUUUUUGAACUCGUUGUCAAUAAUCGCCAAAUUUUGAAUAAUUGGCUGACACUAGAAGCUGCUGAGUUUUGUGUGAAUUAUAAACUAAGAACUCCCUUGGGAAAACCGAAUGAAACUUUUACGAAGAUCGAAAGUUCUUUAAACAGCUUAGGAAACGAACUCAUAAUGUUCAAAAAGACAACUGAAAAAUUACCAGAGUCUACAGUUCGCAGUGACGGAAACAGAGUUAGAAUGCUACUAAGAUUCGUAGAAAAUUUAGAAAAGGCCAUUUACAAUGCUUCGGAGGGCUGCGCAAUAUCCAUGCCGCCUGCUUCCAAAGUAGUUCGAUCUUUCUUUAUCGCUAACACAAACACCUGCCAUGAAUGGUUCUGUAGAAUUCGUAUAGUACUGAUGCACGUGGCACUACAUUGCGGUGAAAUCAAUAUCGCACUUAGAAACGGACUUUGUUUUCUGAAAGAAUGCGUGAGUCUGGGCAGAGUGAGCACUAUUGAAUUUGAAAGAGUAGCAAUGAUAGUAACACUAACGAUGCUGCAUCUCAAAGAACCCGAAGCUCUCUAUGGACUCUAUUCUUGGUGUAAAACCGUCGUGGGGAAACGAUAUCCUUGGAUGAAAUGUGCCUCUGAACAGUGUUCUAAGAAGUAUGAAACCGCCGUGGAAGGUUAUAAAAGAAUUCUUCAAGAACAAAACACUUCCGAUGAAUCAGACGAUGGCAACAAAUUAGAUAGUGAUAUACACAAUUUUAUUCUCGACCAGAUUAUUGUUUGCUACAAAGAAAUGAGCAACUGGAUCGAUUUGUUUGAGUGGCACACUGCUCAGGAUAAUGUUGAAAAUGGAAGAAAGUAUUGGUUUAAUGUGACUGAUUGGGAAACGAACAAGAUACUGUUCGAUAUGGAAUCUCAAAAUUUAGCUUUUGAGGAAUUAAGCACUUGGAGUUUUAAAAGUAAAGACACCUGGAGCAUAUACGAAAAUGUAUGCACGACAGAAAGUAACUUAUAUAACGUUGCAGUCAAAUUAGCCCUCAGAAAGGAUCAAAAUUAUAUUCCAGAAAUAGAUUCGAUUAUGUCCAAUAUCCAAAAUAACAUCGAAGAUCAUUUACAUUUGGCUCCUUCAGAAUUUCUGCAAAAUUUCUCUCUAUUACAUUAUGUUGGAAACGGCUUGAAGAAUAUCGCACAGGGCAAUUUGGCACACACAGUCUUUUUAGUUUCCGAAUCUUUUGAAAACGAAAUCCACAAGAUUGAUUCUAGCGUAUUGAGGAAAAUCCUCUGGUGGUCGGAAUACUUUGGAAGAGUCCAAAAUCAAGGCUUCAAUGUAUUUUGCAGCAACCUACGACUGGAUAUUAUAAAGAGAUCCAGGAAAGAGAAAAACUUCCAAAUGGCUAUCAAACAGAUCCAUAAAUUUUUCAAUGACAAAGAUCUAGUCAUGGCAGGGGAGUUAAACAUCGUAGAUAUUACGAAUACUUUUAUGCAUAAAAUUCAAGAUAUAAAUGUUUGGACUGUAGAUGUCGCUAGAGCUGUUUUUGAAGUUAUUAAACUGUCUUAUUCCUACGAGCAGAACCAUCAGCAGACUUUCAACCUAUGUGCAGCAGCAUCUACAGCCAUAUCGAAAUAUGCAGAGCUGUUCGGAAUCAAUGAGCUCAGAAAAAUAAGUAGUAAAAUCUUGCUCAAAUUGUCAAGUUGGUUGCAAACUAAUGAAGGCGUUUCUCUCACUGAAAUGAAUAGCCCUCUAGGAAAGCUUGUCCUGGUGUUACCUGAAAUCGGAAUGGUGGAAUCUCAUAAUACCAACAUCAUUCCUCUAAACGAAAUCGCUAUUGGCAAACUUCUUCAAUUCAGCGUUCAUCACUACGGCAGCCUUGCCAAAAGUUGGAACGCUUUUGGCACCUGGUGUUAUCGCUGGGGCAAGAAAAUAGUCGACCACAGUUCAGAUAUUAAAAAUAAUUUGAGCGAAGAGCACUGUUUAGAAAUUAAAAAGUUACUACCACCAGAUACACCAGAAGAAGAUCUAAACAAAAUAUUUAUAAUACUGUCACAAACAAGGAACAUCAUAGACGAAGAAGAUAUUGAUUCUAACGAAAUCAAAACUUCAGAGAUGAUCCAGUCGCAAUUACAGUGUGUCGGAAUUUUGGAGGAUGCAGUUGAACACCAGCUCCAAAGUCUAAUACAAAUUUGGAAGAGCACUCAGAAAAGAAUCUAUCAUUAUUAUGCUCUUAGUGCAGAAGCGUACUUCAAAUACUUACAACUAGUACUACAGUCAGAAAAUGUUACAAAGAAUACAGAGUGUAACACGAUAACAGUUACAUUAAGACUCUUGCGAUUGAUUGUCAAAUAUGCUUUGGAGUUGCAAAAUAUUCUUGAAGAAGGUUUACAAACCACACCAACUCAUCCAUGGAAAGUUAUUAUUCCUCAACUAUUUUCAAGACUCAACCAUCCAGAGAGUUACGUUAGACUUAGAGUAUCGGAUCUGCUGUGCAGAGUUGCUGAAGAUGCUCCUCAUCUGAUUACUUUCCCUGCCGUUGUGGGUGCUUUAGAAGGGGGAUUGAAGUUUGAUUUUUCGGAAAUAACUUUACCAAAAGACUGUUUAUCGCAGAAUAACGAUUCUGGAGACGAAAACGAACUCAACGAAGAAGACGACAACUAUGAUAGCGAUGAUAAUGAAGAACCAAUUAGUAACAAUAAUAGUUUACAAAUUUGUUUUAAAACAAUGGUGGAUACUUUGAGUAAACAGGACCCAGAAACUAUUGCCCAAGUUCAAACAUUAGUUAAGGAAUUAAGAAGGAUAACUCUUCUCUGGGAUGAACUGUGGUUAGGAACCCUUGCGCAACACCAAUCUGAAAUCAACAAAAGACAACAGCAGUUGGAAUAUGAGAUAGAAAAAGUCAACGACAACACGAGUUUAGAUAAAACAGAAAAGGCAUCACUGAUCAUAGAAAAGCACCGAAUUAUAAUAAAACCGAUUGUUUUCGUUCUAGAGCAAUUACUAGAUGUUACUAGUGUUACUGCGGAAACUCCACACGAAAAACAAUUCCAAGAAAAGUAUUUAGACGACAUCGUCAAUGUUCUAAAGAAACUGAAAGAUCCGGAUCAUCCCGAAAAUCCUCAAGAAUCGCUACUUCCCCUAAAGCAUCUACAAAAGAAAUUCCAACAAAAGUUUCAUAAAAGAGCUUCAUAUGCUUUAAAAAUGCAAGACAUCAGUCCAGUGCUUUUUGCUCUUAAAGACACGGUAAUAUCUAUGCCUGGUCUAGCUUCAAUAGCAAAGAAAAAUGUUACUAUUUCUCACGUGUCCAAUAUAGUCUCUAUCCUUCCUACAAAGACAAAACCUAAAAAAUUGGUGUUUUAUGGUUCUGAUGGGCAAACCUAUACAUAUCUUUUUAAAGGACUAGAAGACUUGCAUUUAGACGAAAGGAUAAUGCAGUUUCUGAGUAUCGCUAAUACGAUGAUGGCUCAAAUAGCGGAUCCUUCGGGUUCUAACUUUUACAAAGCUAGACACUACUCUGUUAUUCCUCUGGGACCAAGAUCCGGGUUGAUAUCUUGGGUCGAUGGUACUAUUCCUGUGUUUUCCUUGUAUAAACGCUGGCAACAACGUGAAAUUGCAAAACCGAACUCUAAAAACUUUGGCAACGCGACCGCGAGUGUGUUACGUCCGUCUGAACUGUUUUACAACAAACUAAACCCAUUACUGCAAGAACACGGGAUCAAAAAUAUCGAUAAUCGGAAAGAGUGGCCUUUGAGCACGCUAAAACAAGUGUUAACGGAACUAAUGAACGAAACGCCCAGUGAUCUCUUAUCGAGGGAGUUCUGGUGUAACUCCGUGAGUCCAGACGUGUGGUGGCAGGUGAUCAAAAGGUACUCUUAUUCCAUCGCUGUUAUGAGUAUCAUCGGCUACAUAAUCGGUUUGGGUGAUAGACACUUGGACAAUAUGUUAGUUGAUUUGACUAGCGGUGACGUCGUACAUAUUGACUAUAACGUGUGUUUUGAAAAGGGAAAGACGCUACGCGUUCCAGAAAAAGUGCCAUUUAGGCUGACACCGAACAUUAAAGACGCCUUGGGAGUGACAGGAGUUGAGGGCAUUUUCCGAUUAGCCUGCGAAAACGUUUUGAAAGUUAUGCGGAAAGGUAGAGAAACCCUACUAACCCUUCUGGAAGCAUUCGUCUAUGAUCCCCUCAUCGACUGGACUGUUGGGGGAGAAGUUUUAGCCGGCACCACAUUUGGAGCACUAAACACGGAUAUGACAUCAAAGCAGAGCAAGAAGGAAUUGGAGAGGGAAGUGACAUUGGCUAUGUUCAAUGUUAGAUGUACAGAAAUGAGAGCUGAGUGGAAUGAAAAUAAGGAAGAAGUUUUGAACGAAAUACCAAACAUCAUUAAGAAUCUAAACGAAUAUUUGGAGUUAAACAGUAAAGUUGCCGAAAUAGAAGACAAGCUUCAAGAUUUACACCAACAAUUAGCACUAAUUAAAGAAGCAGAAGCCCAAGGAGCCCAUAACCAUUCUCUCUACUCGUUGCCAUCACAUUACGAUGCAUACCACAAGUCACAAAUAUCUGUAAACAAUGCCAAAUCUGAGCUGCGCAAUAUCAUAAAAGAGUCGGAGGACCAUGUUAAUAUUUAUUCAAAAUUGUUCAUUCUUUAUGACACCCAGCAAUUCUCUCAAUGGUUGAUGGAUGUUAAGAUUAACAUUACCGAAGACAGUAUGAGAAUUUUUGACUUGGUUAAAGAAUUCCUUCAUAACGCCGGUAAAAAUGAUGUAAUAACGCAGUGCGAGAGAUCUGAACAAGAAGUAUUCCAGCUAUUGCAACUGCUCAAUAUAUCGGUUCGAAAAUGUUUGCAAAUAUACCAGGAUUAUUUCCUGAUUUUAACUCAAUGUCCAAAAUCCUACUUGGACUCGCACCGAAUUUAUAUGUACAUCAAAUGGUCCAAAUUUCUUUUGGAAACACAUGAUUUUGCCAGCUGUGAUGUAAUUUACGAACAACUCAGAGAAUUCUUAGAUAACUCUGCCCUAAUGCACCCACAAAUUGUAACUGUAGCGUAUAACUUAGAAACUUUCUAUAAAGACAAUUUAAUGAACGUUAACAAAUUGUUUGGAGAUUUGGAGGCCAUAAGAUCCAAAGACUCGAAUGAAUCGUUAGAAAAAGUUUAUAAAGACGCUAAAGCAGGGAUUAAUACGUUCAUAAACAUGGAGAAAGGUGCAGUUAGUGCUCUGGAAUUUGUCAUAGCGAGCGAAUUGGUUUUACUCAAUAGAAAUCUAUUAACGUUAGAAAUCGCAGCGCAGAGAAGUGGAGAUUGGCUGAUAAAAUUGACUUCUCGAGAUGGGGAUUGGUUCCUGGACGAUCUUCUUCUUCAUAGUACCAAGGCAGUAGAGAUGAUUAGUAAUUUACCGACUUUAAAGCAGACCUAUAAUGAGAGCUUCUAUAAGGUUUUAAGUGGAAUUAAAAUUGCUAGUAAUAUCUACAAAGGGUUGUAUGAUCUAAAUUUCAAUUUCCAUACGAUUAUUCUACUGGAAACUAUGAAGAAAAUGCAGGCUGAAGAACCGUCUGUUAUUGAGCUGGUAAACGAUUUGAAUAAAGUAGUUGCUGACAUUGGAGUGUCCAUACCAGAUAUGAUUGGUCAGUUGGAGAAGUUGCUAACUUGUGUUUUAAUGCAGAUGGAUUAUAACAACACCUAUGACUUCAUCCUAGAACGAGUGGCAUUCACGAAGAAACAAUUUUUAACGUUGAUCCCGAAUCAAUCAGAAAUGCUUAGUCAAGGAAAAAUGCUUCUCAUGGGCUUCAAUGGUCUUUUUGAUAAAUUGUCACAAGAAAUAACAAAUUUGACGAAUACCUUAGGAAACUUAGAUAUACCAAAGUCUUGGAAAAGACUGGACCACGUUAAAGAUGCCAGAAAUAUCGCUCCGCAUAUUUUCAAUGUUCAAGUACGGAAUUUAUUAGAAGACAUAUUUUUCUUAAAAAGAUUAAAAACUAUUGUAGAGUUCUUUGGAUUGGUUCAAGAGAUGUGCCAAUCACUGAAAGGCAUAGGAUCUGGUAUUAUUUUUAGCGAUGAACAACUUACCAAACCAGUAAAGCAGUUUAUUGCUGAAUUUAUAUCUAGGAAGCUAUUGGGAAUUCUUCCAGAAAUUAUUACCUACUCGGUGUGUUUUUUACUGCAAAAUUUAGGCUUAGACGUUACUCAUGAAAUUGAACAAAAAGAUAUCGGUGCCGAAAGCAAAGUACCUCUUGACGAAUUGUACACAAAGGCGUAUAGUAUUUUACUUAAAGAUGGUAUCUUUUCACAAAAUAUCCUAUCGCAAGCUUCUAGUUUAGAAACGAAUCUAAAAUUAGCCUGGGAAAAAAUUCAAGAGCCCAAAAAGAUAGAACAAAAAUUAACUGUACUACAAUCCAGUACAUUAAGAUUGCAAGGCCAGCUGGCUGUGCAUAAUAUGAUGUUUGAUGAAGUUUUGAAACUUCAGAACUUUUCUUCUGUAAGGACCAAAUUUACCGUCGACAUCCAAUCCGAAGUCAAUAACUUACAGAGUAUCUAUAGGCAGCUGGUCGAGGCCAAAAAUAACCAAGAGAAGCUAAUAGAAAAAGCAGACCAGAGGUUGAAUUGGGCUAAAGGAGCUAACCCCAACGUUGUUGAAAUCUCAGCAGCUUUCGAAAGCGCAGUUGCAAACAGAAAUGCUCAACUAGACUUAGGACUACAAGUGGCCAAUCACAUUUUAUCUUCAUGCAGUACAGUAUUAAAACACGAGUUUCUUAGAUCUUCAAAUUCCGAAGUCACAAAGGAACAUGACAAAAUAUUUUUAAAAGCUUUUGAAACCUGGAGACUAGCUUGUCAAUAUAUAGAUUCAAAAACUGAGUCUCUCUCGCCUUCUGAAGAAAGCAUUUUAAAAAUGUUAACUCCUGAUUUAGUUAGUGAUGCAAAAUGGCUGCAAAAAGUGUCUGAAACGUUAACAGACACUAUAACAAUGGGCCAGAAAGAGUUAAUAGAUAAGAGAGAAGCAAGCUUUACUGAUGUCGAGAAUCUGGUAUCUAUGAUGGAUAAUUUUAAGACUAUAUACAACAUUCAUGGAAAAUUAAUCUCUGAUGUCAAAGGCUUGAUGAAAAUCAUGACUAAGAUCGAAGAAUACAGCGUAGCAACACAGUAUUUUAUGCAGGAAUAUCGACUCUAUAUCGACCAUUUUUCAUCACUUUUCAAUCAUUUCAAAAAAGAUUUGAACAAAGAGGAGAUUCAAGUCCUCUUGAAUCAUUUGUUUUAUAUUCGAGAUCAUACCGAGACAAUUUACGAGAAUUUACUGAACUUGGAAUCGGCUCAGAAAAGAGCGCAGUUGAUUAAACAGAAAUUGUUCAGUGAGAGUUUGGAGAAAUCGGUUCCUCAGAAGCAGGAGACUGGAUCGAAGGGGCAGCAGAGGAAUGCCUACGCGGUGAAUGUGUGGCGUAGAGUUAAGAUGAAAUUAGAAGGAAGAGACCUGGAAUCGGCCAGAAAGAGCUCUGUACAAGAACAAGUGGACCAUGUGAUUCGCGAAGCAACAAAUUUGGACAACUUGGCUUUACUAUACGAGGGCUGGACUCCAUGGGUGUGAAAAAUCAUCAGAGAAGGCAGCACUGCUGUCGCCUGGAUCUCCGUCGGUUCUACUAGUAGAGCUCUGCACGCACGAGUUGUGCGGCUAACGUGGAAAAAGCAGCAUCUCCAUCUAAUUCCACUUGCUUAACCGGAUCAAGUCGCUUAGUUUUAUUGUUUUUGCAAGAGGUCAUCGGUCUACUGGAAGAGAAAAAAAUCAUCAAAAUUGAGAAAAUGAAUUUUGCAACUCCGGUAAAACUUUGCUGUUUGUAAACAUAGCAAAGUCUUUUAUUAAAUGCUGCUUUUUAUUUUAUUGUCCAAGGUAUUGUCAGAGGUGGCAAAAAAAAAUAAAAAAAAAUCAGUUCUGUCAAGGUUGGCAGGACCAAGUAUAAAUAUGAAGUUGUUUAUUACACAGUUGACGAAAUAACUAUCUGUUUAUGAAAAAUCUUGAGUUGACUUAUUACUUAUGUUCGUCUUUUAUAAUAUUUGCAAAAUAAGACCUGUUUGUUUUCAAAGUGUGUGGUUAGUACAUUCUGAUCCCAUAAUAACCAACGAAAAACUUUAAUAGAUUUUUCUACACUAAUUUAAAUGUUUUCAUUCUAUAUAUUAGUUAAUAUUUCAUAUUUGAUACUAUAUUUCUUAGAAUAGGAAGUUACAUUGGGUUGGCAGUGCCGUGUUGCCGAGAUUCAUCAAAUGAAUUUUGGCGUUGCAACGUCAGUCGUAACAGUUUUCGGUUAACUUUAUUUAACUGCAUCGGCUUUGAUAGUUGCUGACUAAAUUUCAAGAAUAAAUAAUUCUGAAGCAUUACCUAUAAACCCAGAAAAUAAUAUAAACUUACCUGCAUAGAAAUCGGCCCACUUAAAAAUUGGUCAUUUUUGAUGUCUCAUAUUUCCUAAACGAUUUCCGAUUUAAGUGAUUUUUUUAACAUGUUAUAGCCUGAUUCUUUAGCAAUAACACUGUAAUAAUAUUGUUGCUAAACAGGUACAUUUUCAUUGCAUACCGGGUGUAGCAAUCAAACUGUGUUUUUUUUUUCAAAGUUUGCAUCACCCUGUGGAAUAUUCUAGCAUAUAAAAUACUGAAAUUAAAACUCAACUAUAGCCUCAGGUUUUCUUAAUAUUUUGUUUUUUGAUUCAUUCGUUUAUGUUGGAUAAUAAAAAAGUUAGGUACUUGAACAACUAGACAUGUUCUUCAUCAAUACACGAUAUUUCUAAAUAAGUGCGACAAACUGUAAGGUGUAAUUCUGCAUGAAAAAAUAAUGACAGUUGGCUUUAUAAAAGUAUGUCCGCAAAUGUUUCGUUUCCGAGAUAUGGGAUGUUGAAUUUUGUCUUACAAACUGACGAUUUAUUUAUUGCUUUAAAACCAGUUGAGAUAUUCAAAUGAAAUUUGGUAGGUUUUAAGAGAUAGUUAUUGUGGAUUUUUUGACAUAAAGUUAAGGAUUUUAUAUUCACCAUUACUGUGCAUACGGGUAAUAUGAUCGGUCAUACUACACGUAUGCGCGCUAAUGGUGAAUAUUAAAUUCUUAAUUGUAUCUCAAAAAAUGUGCAAUAACUACGUCUUAAAACCCACCAAAUUUCAUUGGCAUAACUCAACUGGUUUUAAAGCAAUAAAAUAAAUCGUCAGUUUGUAAGAAAAAAUUCAACAUCCCGUAUCUCGGAAACGAAACAUUGUGUUUUAAUUUCAGUAUUUUAUAAAUGCUAGAAUAUUCCACAGGGUGAUGCAAACUUUGAGAAAAAAAAAACAGUUUGAUUGGUACACCCGGUAUACAAUGAAGAUUUACCUGUUUAGCAACAAUAUUAUUACAGUGGUAUUGUUAAAGAAUCAGUCUGUAACAUGUUUAAAAGAUCACUUAAAUCGGCCAACAGGUUUAGGAAAUAUGAGACAUUAAAAAUGACAUGACAAAUUUUUAAGUGGGCCGAUUUCUAUGCACGUAAGUUUACUUCUUGAGUUUGAUUGACUCACCCGUUUAGAUCUUUUAUUUUCGUUGAAUGACUUUUUGACACUUUUGGUAGUCUUGACAUCUUUGAUUUUGUACAAUAACUUUCGUUCUACUGUUAUCCAAAAAACAUUAUGACAAUGUUUAGUAUCAGCAGGCGUCCCGUAAUAGUCAUUAUAAUCUUUUUCGGAUAUACGAAAAGAUACCUAUGACUAAAAAACGGGAGACUUAACUAUCGACGGGUGUCACUUGUCGCAUUCAAGAGGCGAAGAACUGACGGAGCGGUUCCGCAACUGUUGGAAAUUCGUUCUCUGAAAGCGCUUCUUGCGGAACUUGUUACGGAACGGUUGCCAUGACAGUAAGCUCAUUUUAAUUUCGCUACCUCCAUCCAGCGUAUGCUACUUUUGUUAAUUUGUCAAUAGACUUAUUGAAAGAUGGCGUCAAGUACUAAUCAUUAAUUGCAAAAUAGCGCAGGCGGUAGACAAUCCAUGAUCUUUGACCAUGAGUAUGAAGUAAAAAAUAAUUUAUUGUGCAGAGGCAAGUGUAUAACCUCACAUAUAUACCAGUACGUGAUAGGCUGUCACGAAUUUAGGGAGCGGAGCGUUCACAAGACGUAACACAACUGUUACCGCUCCAUCGGGAACUGCUCCCUCACUUUUUCGUCUCCUGAAUGUGACCAAUGUCUCCUAAAGCUAGAUUUUGGUUUUCCUUAUUCAUGGUAAAGGCCAGUGGCGCAUCCAGGGGAGGGUGAUGGGGACGAUCGGCCCCCCUCUCAAACCAAGUUAUAUACAAAGAUUACAAAAAAAUUAAUUUAUUCAUUUAUUUUUCAUAGAAAUUUAGCCAAUCGGCCCCCCUUUUGAAGAUGCUGGAUCCACCACUGGUAAAGGCUGCGGUUAGUUUUAUGUAGGACUUUGAGAGGUUUGAUCAUUCACCAUGAUUUCACCAGUCGCAAUUAGUUUCAUAUGAUCGCAGUCGAAUAUCAUAAAAAGUACGAAUCAAGAAACUAUGACAAUAUAGUCUUUCUGGAGGAGGAGCUCUCUGUAUUUUCUUACCGGAAAACGUCAAAACCAGCUAAGAUCCAUUCUCUGCAUUUUUGUUCUCUCUAAACGGUAUUUAUUUUAAUCUACAAUUAUUAGUAUAAUGAAAAUCGUUGAAAUCAAGCCAAACGUUAAAAGGAAAUCACACGGAACGUUGGAGCGGCAGGCCGAGUGAAAUAGAAAAAUGUAACAGAAAAAUAUAAAAACUGAAAACUGGAUUCAACGCAACGUGAAAUAGAUUCAACGCAACGUGAAAUAGCGAGUUUUCUGUCAAAAUUAUUUAUUGUUGUUUAUGAUCCUUAAGCUAAUACCAUCCCAAUCCUAAUUUAUUGCCUCUACCCCAUUUUUAUUGUCCUCAGGAGCGUGGAUCAUUUUCUGAUGAAUUGUGGUCAACUGACACAGUUCAAAGAGAUUUAACAUACAGCUGCUAAAACGUCCCCCUUUCGACUGAGCUAGGGAGCUGAUACGAUCAGUGUCGUAGUAAUUUUACUAUGUAGUGGUCGAACCACCUUAUGUUAAGAGUUUUAUCAUUGUAUGAAUUAACCAACUGAAUAAAAAUUUUAACGCCUACACUGCUGGUGUAUCAUCCUUACUCUGGGCCCAACCGAUUUUAUCAAAAAAGUAAAUAUUUAUUAAUGUUACAGUACUUUGGGGUGCCAACUGUGUUCUCUUUCCUUUGCACUAUCAUAUAUUUUCUGUCUUUUUUUGCCGCCGUAUAAAUUGGUAAACCGCUUCCACACGUUCUUCAACGCGUUUUUGGUCCCAACCUUUAUAUUUUACAUAUAAUGUGAUAUUACAUGUCAAAGUAUCAAAUUACAGGUUACACAUUUUACAUGGAAUUGUCACAUUUCGCAUGACGGUAUACGAUCAUAUAGUCCAAGAGGCAGCGCUGAAAAAUAUCUCUCAAUUUACUAAAGCUAGUUAUUUCACAGUUGAUUACUGUGAUCUGUGAUUGUGUAGAGAAACAUACUGCGGUCGGUCAAGCGAAACGUAGAACAGGUGGCUGACAGCUUGUCAAAGUUGCUUACCUGCGGAGGUAAUUAAAUCCAUUUACUAAGGCUGAAAAUCAGUACACACAUUCUAAAUUGAAUAUAAAUAAUAGUUAUUAUAGUCUGUCAGCUGUAUGACGGGGCAGAGCCGGUCGGUCGGCCCCAAUGAAUGUACAGGGUUAUUCACUAUAUUUUGACCCCCUCUAAACUGCUUUAUUUACAGAAUUAGAAAAAAAUGUAAAAUAUACAACUUAUUUGAUUUUUUAAUUAUGAUUUUUUGACAUAUAUAUCGUACUAAUGACGUCAUCCAUCUGGGCGUGAUGACGCAAUCAACAAUUUUUUUUAAAUGAGAAUAGGUGUCGUGUGCUAGCUCAUUUGAAAGGUUAUUCAAUUCCCUAUUCAGUAAUAUAAACAUUAACAUGAUUGUUUAUACAGGGUGUCCAUAAAAAUUUUUAAAUUAAAUUAAUUGUUUAAUUAAUAAUUCAAAAAAAUUUUGAACACCCUGUAUAAAUAAUGAUCUUAGUGUUUAUAUUACUGCAUAGAGAAUUGAAUAACCUUUCAAAUGAGCUAGCACACGACCCCUAUUCUCAUUUAAAAAAUUAGUCGAUUACGUCAUCAGUCCAGAUGGAUGACGUCAAUAGUUCGAUAUAUAUGUCAAAAAAUCAUAAUUAAAAAAUCGAAUAACUUUUGUAUUUUACAUUUUUUUUUCUAAUUCUGUAAAUAAAGCAGUUUACAAGGGGGUCAAAAUAUAGUGAAUAACCCUGUACAUUCAUUGGGGCCGACCGACCGGCUCUGUCCCGUCAUACAGCUGACCGACUAUAAUAACUUUUAUUUAUAUUCAAUUUAGAAUGUGUGUACUGAUUUUCAGCCUUAGUAAAUGGAUUUAAUUACCUCCGCAGGUAAGCAACUUCGGCGCUGCCUCUCCGUCUAAUAGUGGCAUAAUUCUUUUAUUAGUAGCUGUAUAAUUGGGAUAAUUGUUAAAAAUAAAUAAAUAAUAAUAAAUUUAAACCGGUUGCAGUUAAAGAUUUUAGAUUUAAUUUUUACGGCCUUUGGUUAUUGAUAAUUUUUCCUAUAUUAUAUUUAAAUGAAAAAUUAAAGUUUUGCAUUUUAAUAAAAUUUUUCCGAAUUAUGUAUAAAUUAUGUAUUUUAGUUGAUUGUUUCCUUUAACUGAUACUAGUCGUUUAAAUGUUUUAGUUACUUAAUGUUAAAUGAAAUUAUGCUUUUGAGUUGAAAUUUAUAUCAGACCAAACCAACUUUGCAUAUUUUAUCUAAGAUGCCAGUACCAUUUGAAAGCAUUUUUGAUGUUCAGUGUGGUCACCAGACAAUACUCUCCCAUUUCUUCAUACUCUCUCCCAUCUGAUACCUGGAAUCGCCUCCUUAGCUGUUCUAACAUUGUGUGAGUGUGUGAGCAUGAAUGUUCAAAUUGAACUUAAAGGGCUAUCCUAGUGUAAAAGUACGAACUUCAUAUACUUUUUGGUUAAUUUCUAUAAUAAAAAGUACUAAUUGUUUUGAAAAUUUGCAUGAGCAUUUAUUAUAAAAAGAAGUACAUGCGAAACAAUUUUCAUAAAAAAUAUAUUGAAAAUUAAACGAUUUAUGCGCCAUCUACUGUCACCGUGAAAAUAAAAACAGCGCCACUGCUGCAGGGAUUGGGACUAAUAGAGAUCCUGAAACAUAAAAUUUCAAAGUGGUCAAAAAAUAUUUUUUUAUGAAAAUUGUUUUGCGUGUAGAGUUGGUACAAAACCUCGUGAACCUUGAAAAUGCGUAUGUAUAACCGAAAUAAAAUGAAGCCAAAAACAUACGACUAUUUUAUUUGCUGCGAAUUGCGCGACAGGGUCCCAUCUGCACCCUGAUAUUUUCAGUAAUGUCGGAUUCAAUCGUUUCGUUCGUAUAUUGACGUCACCAAAUGAAUGAAUUAGGUUCACGAGAUUUUGUAACAGCAAUACUUCUUUGUAUAAUAAAUGUUCAUGCAAAUUUUCAAAACAAUUGGUACAGUAAGUACUUUUUAUUUUAGAAAUUCCCAAAAAGAUAUAUGAAUUUCGUACUUUUACACUAGGAUAGACCCUUAAAUAUAUUUUUUUUAUUUUAAAGGCCUAAGUGGUUUCUUCUAUUAUAUAAGAAACCGAACACUAAAUUUAAGAAACCCGAAAUUAAAGAAUACAUUGAGCUUUUAACCAUUGAAGGCUUUUAUUUGACAGAUACCUUGACCUUGAGUGACGACUAUGUUUUUUUUUCUAUAAUUAUAGUAUAUUUUUCUGAUUGUGAAGGAACACAAAAAAACUGAAAUUAUAAAUUAUUUGAUCUGAACGGACUAAAAAUAGGUAAAACUGAAUGUACCAACCAAAUCUCACUUUGAAAAUAUAACAAAAUUCUGCGUUCUUAACUAUGUAUCUUUAAUUAAUUGUUCACUAUUUACACUUGUAGUAUGCAUAGCAUUUUAUAUGUACAAUUUUAAUGUUGAUAAAUGUCUAUCUAUCACAAGGAAGAUGAAUGUAAGUAAUAAAUCUAUAUACUAUCAUACAAGAUAUGUAACAUAUUGAUUGACACACAAUGGCGAUGAUUAUUUUUGAACAAUUUUAUAUAUAAAAAGUAUCUUUUAGCAGUUUGUGCAUACAUAACUUAUGUCUUAUUAUAUUUUUAUAUAAGAAAUACCUCAGCAGAUACAAAAAUAUUAGUAACAUUUUAAAAAUCUAAAAAAUUACAAAAAAAUCGUUUAAUAAUUUAUAAAUUUUAUUAUCAGUAAUCUUCGGAUGUAAAAUCAUGUACAGUCGGAAAAAUGAAAGAAUACCCAUGAACGAUCAUAUCAAGCACAUAUUUUGGAUUUGCUGCCUUUUUCUAUAAAUAACAAACGAGAGAGAGAGAGAGAGAGAGAGAUUAUUAAGUGUUGUCUGCUAAGAAAAAACGUUAUUGAAGACAUACGCAGUGACAUAUUUAUAAUUGACAGAGUGAGACGGCGAUACAAUUGUUCAACGUAGUUAUAUUAAUUUAGUAGAAAAUUUAAACUCACACCUGACUAUUUCUGUACUUCUAAUGUCAUUCUUAGAAAAACAUUCAACGUCAGUAGAGAUAAUGAUUGUAUAAACUACUAUUCGAGUAAUCGUGCUGGUCUGGAAAAUUUUCUGGAUACCAAAAUGAUCUGAAUUCAUUAAGUUUACUUUCAUUUAAGUCACUUAAUGCAGCUGACCUAAACGACAUUUUUUAAAUUCCUGUUACUAUUUACGUCCGGCAACUUUAACAUGGAGAAAUUCAUAAUACUUUAUAUUACAUUAUACAUUACAUUAUACAUACAUUAUUUCUGUAUUAUUAAUCUAUAUCAAAUAAUUAAUUACGGUAGUAAAAGUAACAUUUAUUACCAAUAAAUAUAUAGGUAUUAUCAGAAAAAGAAUAACAUCACAAAAAAUUUUUGACACAUUCUUACGUAGCGAAAAAUCGUACGGUGGGGUAGUAGUCACAUCCGUUUAUUUUCAGUAUUAACUUAGUUUAGGCUUUGUUUUGACUAGAAAUUUUUAAUUUGAUUCGUAUGCAUAUAAUCGAUGACGCAUGGGUAUUCUUUCAUUUUUCCGACUGUAAUAGAAUUACAUUAGAUCAAAUACGAUCACAUAAACAAUGUGACCACAUCAAGUAUACGGAGAUUGUGUUUUUAGUUUUGCAUAUAGCCAUUAAGGGGAACGGCGCAAAAUGCAAAAUUUUGACGCCUGUCAAAAUUUUCAAUGUGUUUUAAAUGUAUUCAUUUUUUUUUUUUCGAAUCCUUAGAAAACUAUAUUACCGAGGGCCGAAAGUCCCUUAGAAUAAAUAGAAAGUUUCUUUUGAAUGAAAUAUUUGCAAUUAAAAAUCACACUAAAUUAUUUUCACCCCUGUAACUUAUUAAAAUAAACAUUAUAGAAGUCUUCAGGGACUUUCGGCCCUCGGUAAGAACGUAAUCUUUCAUUCUGCGUUUAAAUUUUUCAAAAAUAUUUAUUAGUUUUCUCAGGAUUCGAAAAAAGUGAAUACAUUUAAAACACAUUGAAAAUUUUGACAGCCGUCAAAAUUUUGCAAUUUGCUCCUUUCCCCUUAAGACAAAACAUAAUCAUUCAAUCUUAGCUUGUCAACUGCUGAAGAUAGAUCUCCCUCAUAAUUUUCCAUCUAUUUCAUAUUAAAAAAAUCACUUAAAUCGGACAACAGUUUUAGGAAAUACGAGCUAUCAAAAAUUACCCAUUUUUUGGGGUGCCCGUUUUUCGUGCCGGUUUGUCAGAAAGUCCAAUUUAUCGACUUCUCUCAUGUUUGCGUUGUAGAACCGAAUGACAUCAAGUCUUGAAAUUUCUAUAUAUUUUUUGUUAAGUCUGACCUUUUUUUCUAACGCUUACAAAAUUUGAAGCCAUAACAAUAGAUUUAUUAUCAUACUAUUUGGUCAUUAUGACUUCUCCAUCACCGCAAUUAUUCAGAACUACCAAGAGCAUUCUUUUUUAAUACGUCGUCGCUGGAAAAAGGCGUAUUUUGAAAACGAUUAAUUCGAACUAUACUAGCAGCAUAUUUGUGCAGCAGAUACUGUACUGUACAAUAGGGAACUUGCAUAAAAUUUUAAAAUCGAAAAAAAUGCUAUAAAUCACAACAGAACAUAAUUUAAAAUAUAUUCCAAAGAAAAAAAAGUUGUUAUUGUCUUUCGUUUGGCCUCUAAAGACGAUUAAAAUCGAGAUAAAAUUCAAAUUAUAGCGGCCAGCCCAAAAUGCGCCCUUAUUGAUCGUGACGUCAUAUCAUUGUAAUGUUUAAACUCAGCGCCAUUAAUUCAUUACGUUUUGUAUUCAUUUACUUGUUGUAAUCAUUUUAUGGUGUAUUUCAGUUUUAUAAAUCUUUGGAUAGUUGCUGUGAACUAUAUAAUAUUUAGUUCAGAGAAAUAAGGAAAAAAGAUCCUGUUGGUGACACGGUGAUCCUCCAGGCCGAAACCAAAUUUUUUGAGUAGUAUGGACAUCUAUAAUAAUAACCUAUAUGUUUCCUGCAGCCGAUUUUGAUGAUAUACAUAGUUAUAAACAAAUGAAGAUCAAAAAACGGUAAAUUUUCGCCUUUUUGGUCUAUUACCAAAAAGUUAGCAUUUUAAACAAAUUUCAGAGUAAUUUCAAACUCAUAAAUCGUAUAAAAAACUUCAAUAUGGCGUUUGCUGAAUAUGUCUAUCCUUAUUGGUUGCUUAGAAAAUUGCAAAAUAAAUCAUAAAUUUUGAGUUUUUAUAAAUAUUUAUAACAUGUAAAAAUUAACUUAGAACCUUCUUAUUACACGGAAUGCUGAGACUUCUGGUGCUUAAAUCAUACCCUAAAUUUCAAAGCAAUCGGUCAAAUAGUUUAAAAGUUAUUUAAUUUGUUUUUCCCAAAUUAUUUUUUUUGCAACACUAUAAGUCAGAAAAUGAUGAAGUUACAGUAAUACUUUGGAUAGUUUAUGAAAGAAGAAGAUGUACACUAUUAGCUUAAUUAAAAAAAAAUGCCAAAAAAUAAUUCUAAAUAUUGCAAAGUUAUUUUGCAAAAACAUGUGAAUUAAAAAAAGGGGGGGCUAACUUCGUCCCUAAUUGUCCUAGGACAAUUGUUUUUCUUUCUAAAUGUGUAUAAAAAUUCAGUCUUUCUAAAUAUGAAAAAAUAAUUUUUCUACGGGUAACGGUUAAAAAGUUACUCUAAUUGUUUAUAAGUAAGCAAAAAAUCGACAUGUUUUUGCAAAAUAAUUUUACACUGUUUAAAAUAAUUUUUGUCAUUUUUUUAAAUUAAGUUAAUAGUAUAAAUCUUCUUUCAUAAACUGUCCGAAGUAUUACAGUGACCUCAUAAUUUUCUGAUUUAUAGUGUUAAAAAAAAUGAAUUUGGGAUAAACAAAUUAAAUAACUUUUAAACUAUUUGACAAAUUGCUCUGAAAUUUACAAUAUAAUUUAAGUACAAGAAGUCUCAGCAUUCCGUGUAAUAAGAAGGUUCUAAGUUAAUUUUUACAUAAGUUAUGAACAUUUAUAAAAUCUCAAAAUUUAUUAAUUAUUUUGCAAUUUUCUAGGCAACAAAUAAGGAUAGACAUAUUCAGCGAACACCAUAUUAAAGUUUUUUAUAUGAUUUAUGAGUUUCUUAUUCUCUUGUUUAGAAUGCUUCACUUUUUUGGUUAAGAUAAUUUUUUAAAAUGAAAGAGGUUUUUCUAAGGGCAGUCGGAUAACUUGGUAAAUAUGUAAAAAAUAUGAUAAUAUUAUGACGUCACAAGGGUUCGCGAGCUUUUUAGAUAGUUUGAAAUGAUUUAACAUAGAAGAUUUUAAAUUUGUACUUUUAAGUUAUUAUAAGGUUUUGAGGCGUGAAAUUUUGCAAAUGUUAUUUUUAAACGAAACUGAACAUUAUUAUGUAAUAAAACAAAAAUGUGCAAGUUCCCUAUCAAAUGAUAAUCUGCUUUAUUUGGAAAACCUUUAUUCAAAGCGCAUACGUUUCAAGAGGCACGUUUGGCCUAGUAGAUAUUUCCAAAUUAUGACCUAAGAGAUCUAUUAUAAAAGAUAAUUAGUAAAGAUAACAUCACUUUUGAUAGACACCGUAUACAAGCGUAAAAUACACAAUUAGUGUCACAAAUUUUGAAUUUGAAUAAUUAUUGCCUUGUGUAAGUCAAUUGUAUGUUAUUAACAACGAUAUCCAUGUCUAGUAAAUGUCUAGAAGUGUUUCCAGAUGUUCAUCAAAUAUAUCAUAAUCAAUAAAUUAUAAUAUUAAAUCAUUUACUGAUUGUUUUUGUAGGUGUUGUUUCAGUUAUAGAAAUAAAUUUUAGAAUACAAGACUUCAUGUACCAAAUUGAAUUAAUUAAUAGUCCUGGAUCCCGCGUACCAAAAAAAGUUUAUUAAUAGCAAGCUAAAAAUUUGUUCAUAGCUUAAAGGUGUGUAGUCGGACAAACUUUGAUGUAUGGGAACACUGGAACAGGAAAAGCUUUAAUUUUGAAACGUGAUAGACGUGUCAUUUUAACGUUUAACAUUUUAAAGUUUAUGAUUGUAAAAACUAGCAGGUUGUUUUUAAGUUUAUUCAAUAGCCAACGUUAUAUUUAUAAUUUAUGAAAAAAAUGUUCGUCCGCCAAAAAUAUUGGGCAUUUUGACAAGUCCGACACGUAGAACAGGUCAAAUGACAGAAAUUAUAUUGAUGGUGAAUAGCAGUCUUACUUUUGCAUGAGAGUUUAAUGAAAGGGUAACAAAUCAAUUGGAAGUUCUGUCAGAAAAAAUCAUGGGACGUUUUCGUAGUCCGACGUUUUCUAAUCAGCAUUUUUGUCGUAUCUUACAGGUUUUGAACGUCGGACUACGAAAACGUCCCAUGAUUUUUUCUGACAGAACUUCCAAUUGAUUUUUUUAAUCUUUUAUAAAACUUUCUUGCAAAAAUCAGACUGCUAGUUAUCACCAUGAUACUACGACAACCAGAGAUAAAGCCACUUCGAGAACAACUUUUAACCGGUGUGCGCAUGACGUCAGCGCACGACAACUUGUACGGAGACUUAUGGGAAAGCAUAGAGUUUUAUACGGUUUUAUACAUUUUCGUGUUAUUAAAUAACUGAAAUUGCCGUUCGUUUGUUCUCUUACACUGUUUAAUUUAUACUUUGAUGAAUUAUUAUAAUUAUACCAAUAAAAUAAUACAAUAUAUUAUGUAGGUACUGGACUAAAAAACGUAAUAGUUUUUUCACUGCAAAAAUUUAAAAGGUUUCUUGACAUGCAGAAAACUUUAAAUAAACCGCGUCAAAUAAAAGAUGGUUUAUUAAUAAAUAACAAAAAAACUAAAGUUUUAAAAAAGUAUUAAAAUUACAAAAACAAAAUUAAGUAGAUAGAUUUAGAUGGAUUUAAAGAGGUGGCCGUUUAGCCUAUUCCACUGCUACCUUUUCAGAUCUAUUGUGGUCCUCUUAUUCUAGAUUACAUUCUUUAGUCUGGCCCUUUUUAAAAGGUCCAAUAAGCCCCAAUUCUCACCGCACAUUCUUCUACAUUUGCCCAAGGACAUAGUGGUGUGGCUCCCGUGUGGUUUUCAGGAUGUGAGUAUUCCAUUUCAGCCUAUGAUCAGUAUAAACCCCAAGGUAUUUUGUUUUUUUGGCAAAUGAAAUCUCUGUUCCUCCCAGAACCGGUAUACUUGGGGCUGCUUACAUUCUCCCAGACACCAGCUGGCCCUGAUGACGAUUGAUAUAUCGUCAGUGUAUCCUAGACAAAAGAGGUGACAGAACUCCUCCUUGUGGACAGCCUCCACCUACUCUUGCUUUAAUGGUUGUUUUAACUAGAGUUGAUAUUACUAUCCUAUUCUCCAGAUAUAACCUUAUCUAUCUGCAUAUUACCGCAGGGAUUGUUUAUCGACUAUUUAUGUAGUCUAUAUCCGCUAAAUUUAGUUUCAAUAGGGCCACCACGAGAAGGGUGCAAUCAAAGAUUACACACCCCCAAUCAAUGUUGGGAGUACCCAGCGGUCUUGGGAUGGUUUAAGGAGGUGCAAAGUCCUAAGACUCUCCAAGCAAAACUCAUCCCCUGAGAUUAGUUCUUUUCCCGCUCAGCUUUACGCCGACUAGAAAAAGAGCACAUCCCUCGGCCCCAAAAAAAAAACAAAAAAAAACAACAAAAAAACAAAAACAACAAAAAACAAAAACAAAAAAAAACAAUAUUACAUUUGAUUCAUUUUACUUAACAAUUUUUGCAAUUUUUUUUUGUAUUUUAGACUUUUCUUUCAACUUUUGGUUCAAAACUCGCAUUCGAAAAUACAUCCGACAUCUAAAAAAUAGUUUUUUCACAUCCCCAGAUAUUUUAACAUGAACAAAUCUUUCCAAUAGACUUUUGAUAAUUUUUGAUGCCAACUUUAAUAGUGUCCCCAUUGAAUUGGUAAAAAAUAUUUUCUAGUUCACCACAGUUCGUAAGUAAUAUUUAUGAAGGCUUAACCAAACUUCCUUCUGAGAGAUGAUUUACCCACGAGGAAGAAGUGUUACUAUUUGUAGAACUGCCCAAACUCUCUUUAUGUCGUAGUUUGAAAGCUAUGAAACCAGCUAAAUUUUCUAGUCCAUCAUGAUACAACUCUUCCAUUUCAAAAUCUGUUUGAUGGAUUUCAUCUUCUGAAGUUACUGGAAGAUUUAAUUGACUAAAGAGUGGUUCUUUUACCGUCACUGAAUCUACUACAUCAUUGUUGUAACAAUCAAGAUUCAAAGAGCUUCCUGCUUUCAUGUUUUGAAGCGACAUGUUUGUUGUUUCUGGUAGGUUACUUACAUUAGCUGACAGUGAAAUAACUUCAUCGUUCCGACCCAUAAUAAAAUUACGAAGACGGUAUUUAAAUUGCAAAGGAGACGGAUCAUCAUGUAAACCUCCAAUCGCAUGUAUUACUGAGAAUAGUCCUAAGCAAUCUUGAUUUAAAUUAUAUGUUUUUAUAUAAUUAAUGUUGAAAUCUUUUUUUUUUAAUCUAGAAAGAGUAGUCGCAAAUAUUUAAUACUAACAAUAAUACCAUGCUGAAAGGGCAGUAAUGACUAUUUCUAAUUAUUAUAUUUAAGAAUUUUAUCCCGAAAAUAUAGCUUUAUGCUUUCCGAAAACUUUAGCAAACUGCAUAAAGUAACAAACCCAAGUUAAAAAUCUAACAUUUGGCCUGACGUUUGUCGGUCAGUAACGUAGGCGUAGAAGAGAGAGAGACAGGCUUAUUCAUGCGCGUGGCUUUAUCUCUGGGGUUGUCGUAGUAUCAUGGUUAUCACCAACAUAAUUCCUGUAAUUUUACAUGUUCUACGUGUCAGACUUAUUAAGAUGCCCAACAUUUUUGUCUGACAAACAUUGUUUCAUAUAUUAUAUUAUAACGUUAGCUAUUGAAUAAACUUAUAAACAACCUGCUAGUUUUUACAAUCAUGAACUUGUCUGUCUACGUUUAUGACGUUCCACACUUAAAUCUUCCCCUGUUCCAGUGUUCCUAUACAUCAAAGUUUGUCCGACUAGACACCGUUAAGCUAUUAACAAAUUUUCAACUUGCUAUUAAUUACCUUUUUUUGGUACGCGGGAUCCAGGACUAUAAUGUCAUCCAAAAAAUUAUUAAAUUAGUUUAUUUCUAAAACUGAAUAUUAGAUUUAUACUAAUAGGAUAUGCUAGGGUAAUUUUUGUUUUUUAGUAGAUUGAUUUAGAAAGAAUUGUGAUGAACAGUAUACAUUAGAGUCAGUACCUACACAUUUUAAUUAUUUCAUCUGGGUAUCUAAACUCUCAUCGCUGACUACAGUAUUUGUAUAUGUUUGUUACGAUCUUGUUUUAUUUCAUUUUUCUUUAAGGAUCCCAAUUUCACAUAAUUUUUGGUAUCGACUCUUAUUUCCAAUAAAUAUGUAAAACAAA